GCCUCUCGCCGGGCGUGAAGGGGGGCGGCAUGCGGUGGCCGCGCCCGCGGGCGUGUUUCGCCACCGCUGUGCUCUUCCCUGCUCGCCCUGCCGCCACCAUGGCCCAGCUCCGCGCCUCCUCUUCGUCCGCCACUGCCUUUGACUACCUGGUGCUGGGAGGCGGCUCCGGCGGGCUGGCCAGUGCCCGGCGCGCCGCGGAGCUCGGAGCUCGGGCUGCCGUGGUCGAAAGAGGGCGGCUCGGGGGUACCUGCGUGAAUGUUGGAUGUGUACCUAAAAAGGUAAUGUGGAAUACCGCUGUCCAUUAUGAGUUUAUCCAUGAUCACGCGGAUUAUGGCUUUGAAAUAGCUGAUGUGAAAUUUAAAUGGAGCGUAAUUAAGGACAAGCGUGAUGCGUAUGUGAAGCGACUGAAUGAGAUCUAUCAAAAUAAUUUGAACAAGGAUCACAUAGAAACCAUUACUGGCCAUGCAGCAUUCACACGUGAUCAUGAACCCACGAUCGUGGUUGGUGGUAAGAAAUACACUGCACCCCACAUCCUGAUUGCUACUGGUGGGCAGCCUUUGAUCCCCAGUGAAAGUGAGAUACCAGGGGCAAACUUGGGAAUUACUAGUGAUGGCUUCUUUGAACUUGAAGAGUUGCCCAGGCGUAGUGUUGUUGUUGGCGCUGGGUACAUAGCUGUAGAGAUAGCGGGCAUCCUUGCAACCUUGGGCUCAAAGACGUCCUUGCUUAUACGUUACGAUAAGGUGCUGAGAAAUUUCGAUUCAAUGAUCAGUUCAAACUGCACUCAGGAGCUGGAGCAUGGUGGUGUAGAAGUCUGGAAACAUGCACAGGUCAGAUCGGUGGCAAAGUCAACUUUGGGACGGCUGACGAUUACUGUCACCUCCUCACCUCCCAAUCAGAAACCCACAGUUAGCACGAUUGAGGAUGUUGAUUGUCUCUUGUGGGCCAUUGGUAGAAAGCCAAACACAGAGGGGCUAAAUCUUGGCCAACUGGAUAUUAGGGUAGAUGACGUAGGUCACAUUAUUGUUGAUGAGUUCCAAAAUACCAGCAGGAAGGGAAUCUACGCUGUUGGAGAUGUAUGUGGGAAAGCCCUUCUUACACCAGUUGCAAUCGCGGCUGGAAGGAAACUGGCACACAGGCUUUUUGAAGGUAAAAAGGAUUCUAAACUUGACUACACCAACAUCCCUACAGUGGUCUUCAGUCAUCCACCUAUUGGAACAGUAGGACUAACAGAAGCGGAAGCGAUAGCCUCAUAUGGGGCAGAGAAUGUGAAAACCUAUACAACUUCCUUUAUCCCGAUGUACCAUGCCGUAACUAAAAGGAAAACAAAAUGUUUGAUGAAACUUGUCUGUGUCACUAAACAGGAGAAGGUGGUAGGACUUCAUAUGCAAGGGCUGGGAUGUGAUGAAAUGCUGCAAGGCUUUGCAGUGGCUGUCAAAAUGGGAGCAACGAAGGCGGACUUUGACCAGACUGUGGCCAUUCACCCAACUUCUUCAGAAGAGCUAGUUACACUUCGUUAACAAGGUGAUGCUUCCAAAAAUGUGUUGCCGGAUGGUAAGAACUAAUCUUCACAGAGUCAUGUUUUUUCUUCCUUGUGACUCAAGCCAAGAUUUCAAUCAUGCUACUUUUUUUUUUUUUUACUGCUACUUCACACUGACGGGAAUACUUACCUGCAGACAAGUCCUGGAAAACCAGUGCUGUCAUUGAGACCUAUAUACUUGGUCAUGAUUAAUAUUUGAAAUAAUAAAAGUGAUUUUAAACCA